AUGAUCGACGUCUCAGUGCCGCCAUCACCAGCUGCAUCUCGACUUUCCAGAACACCCUCUGGGAUGCAAUCACAAAGGCCUACAUUGUGGGAUGGUGCCAUGAGUGCUCUGGCAGUUAUAGACAGGCGAGGUUUGCAAACACUCAGCGGAAGGCUUGCCAAAGGUACAAAUACCCAGCUUCGACGCACAUCGGCAGCAUUUUCGCGAGAGGUAGAUGCGAUGCGACGAAAGCGUCAAUGCUCUUUAGAAUGGGAAUUUUUGGCAACGGUGCUUGAUAGGUUUCUUCUGCUGCUAUUCAUCGCAGCCGUUGUUUUGAUCACAAUGGGGAUGGUGGUGGUCGGGAAAAUGGCUCAGUUUAGUUACGACAAUCCUGAUGCUACAUUCUUUUGA